AUGUCGGGCGAGGACGCGCUCGAGCGCGAUCUGUACGGCGACGACGACGACGACGGCGCCGCGCGCGCGAUGGACGCCGCGACGGGGGCGGCGACGCGAACGCUCGGACGCGAUGACGCGGACGAUCGCGCGAACGUCGCGAUGGUGGACGACGACGACGACGACGACGGCGACGAGAGCGAGAGCGAUUCGUUGGAGAUCGAACUGCGACCGGACAUCGAUGUCGUGGCGGAACACGAGCGGGCGGAGGCGGAGGCGGCGGCGGAGGCGGAGGCGAAGGAGACGGAGCGGGCGGCGGCGGAGGCGGCGGCGAAGGCGGCGGACGAAGAGGAGGGAGACGCGAUGGAGGCGGACGAUGGGGUCGUCGUGGGCGACGCGUCGAAUUUCAGGCGAGUGGUUGACGUGCACGCGCUCGGGAAUUAUACGUUCGGGACGAAGCGAGCGAGGGGGGAGAAGGACUCGAGCGCGGCGGCGCGUUUGCUUCGCAUGAAGACGCAGUACGAGCGAGAGGGGAAACGGCGAUCGGUGGGGGCGAUUUGUAUGGUGAGUCAACACCGAACGCCGCACAUUUUGUUGUUACAAAUCACGCCGACAACUUUUAAGCUUCCGGGGGGGAGGCUUCGAGCGGGCGAGGGCGAGCGCGAGGGGUUGGCGAGAAAAAUGCAAAACAAGUUGCAACCAGAGCGCGAAGACGGGUUGGGGGCGUACGAGUUCGACGUCGGUGAUCAAGUCGCGACGUGGUAUCGAACAUCGUUCGAACCGCAGAUGUACCCGUACCUCCCGGCGCACAUCACAAAACCGAAGGAGGAGCACAAAAUUUUCAUCGUGCACCUUCCGGAGAAGGCGGCUUUCGCCGUGCCGAAAAACUUAAAGCUCCUCGCGGUGCCGCUCUUCGAGCUGUACGGUAAUCCCGAGAAGUACGGGUCAGAAAUUGCGAGCAUCCCACACUUGUUGUCGCGUUACAGGCUCAACCUAGACUAG